CGCGACACCCCGGGGAGAGGGGGACUAACCUUACAUUUGGAGCAAACGCAGUUUUAUUUUUAUUUUUUUCUAUGCACACGGAGAGAGACAGUCUCCCUUUGAAGACUGCACGAUGAAUCCAAUGACACAGCUGUACUACAAGAAGGCGACAUAUUCGCCGUACCGCGACCGCAUCCCACUGCAGAUCGUGCGGGCGGAGGUGGAGCUGUCUGCGGAGGAGAGGGCCUACCUCACCGCCGUGGAGAAAGGGGACUAUGCGGGGGUGAAGCAUGCGCUCCGGGAGGCGGAGGUGUACUACAACAUGGACGUGAACUGCCUGGACCCGCUGGGCCGCAGCGCGCUGCUCAUCGCCAUCGAGAACGAGAACCUGGAGAUCAUGGAGCUGCUGCUGGACCACGGCAUCCACACCGGGGACGCCCUGCUGUACGCCAUCCGCAAGGAGGUGGUGGGCGCCGUGGAGCUGCUGCUGAGCCACCGGAGGCCCAGCGGGGAGAAGCAGGUUCCCUCUCUGAUGAUGGACAGCCAGUUCUCAGAGUUCACCCCCGACAUAACUCCCAUCAUGCUCGCUGCUCACACCAACAACUACGAGAUCAUCAAACUCCUGGUGGCGAGGAAGGUGACGAUCCCCAGACCUCACCAGAUCCGCUGCGACUGCGUGGAGUGUGUGUCCAGCUCAGAGGUGGACAGUCUGCGUCAUUCCAGGUCUCGACUGAACAUCUACAAAGCUCUGGCCUCCCCCUCCCUCAUCGCUCUGUCCAGUGAAGACCCCAUCCUCACCGCCUUCAGGCUGGGCUGGGAGCUCAAGGAGCUCAGCAAGGUGGAGAACGAGUUUCGGCAGGAGUACGAGGAGCUCUCUCAGCAGUGCAAGCGUUUUGCCAAAGACCUUCUGGACCAGGCGCGGAGCUCCAGAGAGCUGGAGACCAUCCUGAACCACCGGGACAACGACCAGAGCGAGGAGCUGGACCCCCGGCAGUGCCACGACCUCGCCAAGCUCAAGCUGGCCAUCAAGUACCACCAGAAGGAG